AUGACACUGCAACUCAAAAUUUCAAGUGACGACACCAUCCAUCUCAUCGUGACUAUUAAAUUGGUGACGUCCGCGUCCAACAGUCUCCAGCAGUCGCGUGACCAGCUGUCCGCCAUCAAUAUUGGACGAGUUAUCGAGAAAAUGGGCACUGAACACGCGAAACCGAGAGGCGACAUGCAAGAUCUUCGCGAUUCUGCAGUCAAGCCACACAAGACGUUACGAGAACGCUUUUUACACCGUCUGCCACAUUAUACAGGUCCUUACAGCGUAGGCUAUAUGGAUAUCGAAGUACCUGCGCGGAAUCCGCGACCCAUAUCUAGCUUGAAAAGAAAUGGAAAGCCAGUUUUGCGCAUGGACACGGUGCUCAUGGGUAUCUACUACCCGGGUGACUUGCGAAAGGAGGCCAAGAGCAAAGAUGGCCUCAAGGGCCUGCACCGUGUAGACUGGAUGCCACGUCCCAGACUAGCAACUGCCAAAGGAUACGCCAAAUUCCUAAAUAUACCUGAGCUACCCGUCACUGGCUACCUAGCCUGUACAACCCUCUUCACCAAACUGCCAGCCUUUUGCAAUGCCAAGUUGGCAUCCUUUUGGCCCGAUACGUUUCCUCGAAAGGGCGGUCCCGAGGGCGAGCGAAUAAGACAAGCGCAGGGCGACAACAUGCGGCCCAAGUUUCCCGUCAUCAUCUUCAGCCACGGCUUGGGCGGAUCUCGACUAUGCUACAGCGCCAUCUGUGGAGAGCUUGCAAGCUUUGGGUUCAUUGUAGUCGCGAUGGAACACCGAGAUGGCAGUGGUGCGAGAACACAUGUCAGUCUGCCGGAAGACAUUGACCCUGCGGAGAUUGAGUCCUCGACAGCCAAAAUCUACACUAAUGAUGAUUCGGGCAAGGACGCCGGCGGCAAAAAGGUGCGUGGUCGUGGCAAAAAAGGUGUCAAUCCAUACUACGUCGUUGACUACAUCCUACCCAAAGAUAAUGCUCAGGAUACGUCGCCGCAUAAUCCACAAGGCGUGGAUCGGGUUUUGAGGUCUGCACAAAUUGAGCUUCGCCAAGAAGAGAUCAAGGAAGCAUAUCAUGUCAUCGGCCUCAUCAAUGACGGCAAGGGAGAAGAGGUUGCGAGGUUGAAUCUGCGCAAAAAGGGAAACAUUGGAUCCAGCUCAAUGGGCCUCAUCGGGAUUCAGUGGGAGGACUGGAAGGGCAGCAUGUUUCUCAACACAGUCUCAGUGAUGGGGCAUUCUUUUGGCGGAGCCACGACAGUACAACUCUGCCGGGACGACUCGCUUACAUGGAUCGCCUCGGGGCUGAUCCUGGACGCCUGGGGUCAGGCCACGCCUCCCGGUGGCGACAAGCCGUCAAACAGUGUCAACAAGCCCAUCAUUGCAAUCUCGUCCGAGGCUUUCAUGCACUGGAAAGAGAAUUAUGACCGUGUCGUCUCGUUCUGCAAUGAGGCGCGAGAUUCGGGUGCUCUGUGUUGGAUGCUCACGAUUGCAGGAUCAACUCACCUGGCAAUGACAGACUUUGCCGUCCUGUAUCCCGUUUGGAUGAGUCUCAUCAUGAAGUCCCUCGUGAGCCCCAGCCGCGCAUUCUACCUCACCAUUGUCGCCUCGCUCGAGUUUCUGGAGGCGACACUGCCACCUGAGCAAACAAAAUUUCGUACGUGGAGCACUGAGCGACUUCUCUGCACACGAGAACCUGUUAGCGACCCCGACGAAGCCCUCAAGACGGACCAUGCGCCCGACGACAAGUGGGUAGCGGUGCGGCUAAAGAUCCCCAAUGAGUUCUCGACGAGAAUGAAGAGCAUCUGGCAUAGCGUUCGCAGAACAAUCAUGAGCUUGAUUCGAGACGAUCCGUCAGAUACAGAAAUGGCCGGCAGCAGCUAUUCUGUGAGCCAGGAAAUUUGGAUGCAUUUUAGCCCUGCAGAGUCUGACGUCCAGGCGCACCGCGGACGAUUCCUCAAAGCAUGA